AUGGGGAUGGUCAGUUCUCCUCACCUCGACUCCAGUAGAAAGCCUCCUAGUCAGCCUGAGGUGACAGUGGAUUCAAACAGUGACAAUGACAAACCAGAGGUUGAUGGUGUGCGCUCUGAGGGCCCAGACAAGCAGUUGCGGCUCAAGAAGCAGCAGAGAGUUCCGACUGACACGCCCACCUUCCACAGAAGGGUCCGCCGUAGCCCGGCAGUCUCCAAUGGUGAAGACAGUCGGGCAGCUUUCCCUGAAAGCAUAGUAAACUCCCGGGGGAUAUUCUCUACGUUUCGACAGCUCAGUGACUAUUCUGCUGAGAGUGAGGACUACCCUGGGGAUCAGGAGGGACCACCUAACCCCGGCCCCGCCAGAAUGUUGUGGGGUGCCCAGAUCCCAGAUGUCCACCCUAAGUGGAUGUCUGCUUUGUACUUUAAUGGACAGAAGGAACAACUGAGGGUCAAUCCAACAGCUGGUAUUGAGCUUCCUCGGGCCAAGUUCAGUGUUGAACUGUGGGUCAAACCAGAGGGUGGGCAGACUAACCCAGCCAUCAUAGCAGGGGUUUUUGACAACUGCUCCUACUCCUUAAGUGAGAAAGGAUGGUCAGUAGGUAUUCGGACAGUAGAACCCGGGGGGAGAAAAGAUGCCAGAUUCUUUUUUACACUUCGUACCGACCGCGCUCCCAAAGCAACGACUAUCUAUGGGCAUCAGCGCUACCACCCUAACUCCUGGACUCACCUGAUGGCCAGCUACAAUGGUCACAAUAUGACCCUCUACAUAGAUGGUGCCAAGGUUGCGGAGAGCCGUUUGCAGUCUGGUAACCUCUACAGCCCAUUCAUGGAGACCUGUCGAACACUUCUUCUCGGUGGGGACCAAUCAGACCUUGGGCACAACUUCCGAGGGCACAUCGGAGGUAUUGUGUUAUGGGUGCUUCCUCGCACUCACGAGGACCUCCUGAAAGGGCGCUCUCAGAUUGAUAAGAGGGAACCAAACCUCGCUCUCUGGGCUGACUUCUCUGAGGUAGAGCAACAUUGGAGUCCUCAUAAGGACGGCUACCACCCGUCCAUAGUCAUUAUCCCUAUCCCUGAGCUGGAACAUGUGUCCCCCUUCGUGCCCCCUCCCUGUGGGUUAACAGCCUGUGACAACACAGACAUCAUCCUCGGCUACAAUAACCACUGGCAGCUGCGCACAGAGAAGAGGAUCAGCUACCGCAUUGUCAACAUCUGUAACGACGACGGAAGUCGUCCCACCGUCUCCCAGGCCCAGAUCCAGCAGCAGCACCAGGCACUUGUCGAAGCCUUCCGUUCCCACAACAUCAGCUUGGAGCUGAGCACGCAUACCAUCCAGAACACAUCUCUACGCCAGCGCUUCAUCCUAAGCAACUGCCGGAUCAGUAAGAUUGGUAACAGGCACUGUGAUGCGGAGUGUGACCACCCACUGACGGGCCAUGAUGGUGGGGACUGUCUGCGCCUGGGGCCCUGCUACAACUGGAAGAGGCGGGACGGGGUCUGCAACACAGAGUGCAACAGCAUCCACUAUGACUUCGAUGAUGGGGACUGUUGUGAUCCGGAAGGCACGGAUGUCCUGAAGACCUGCUUCGACCCAGAGUCCCCAGACAGAGCCUAUAUGAGUGUAAAGGAACUGAAAGAGGUGUUGCACCUGAGCAGCACAGACACCCUCAAUGUUUUCUUUGCCAACAACUCAGCCCGUGAAGAGUUAGCAGGGGCUGCAACCUGGCCAUGGGCAAAGGAGGCCCUCAAUCAUCAGGGUGGAAUGGUCCUCAAUCCAUCCUACUUUGGCACUGUCGGACACAAUAACACAAUGAUCCAUGAGAUGGGCCAUAUCUUUGGACUGUAUCAUGUCUUCAAGGGGGUCAGUGAGCGGGAGUCCUGUGAUGACCCCUGUCAGGAGACUACUCCCUCCAUGGAGACAGGAGACUUAUGUGCAGACACGGCUCCUACACCAAAGUCAAAGGCCUGCCAUGACCCUGGCCAUGUAAACGACACCUGUGGGAUAACGCUCUACCAGGACACACCGUACAACAACUACAUGAGUUACACAGACGAUAACUGCACCAACCAUUUCACACCAAAUCAAGUGGCUCGGAUGCAUUGUUAUAUGGAUCUAGUCUACGAGAACUGGCUGAAAGGGAGAAGGCCCACCCCCAUCCCUCUCAAGCCCAUGGUGAUUGGACAGAGCUCAGACUCGGUCUCCAUUCAUUGGCUUCCACCUGUAAGAGGGCCACUUCAUCAAAGUUCUCCUACAGUGGAUAGUGUAAACUGCAGGGACUGUGAGGCAGAUGGUGUUUUCCAUCAGUAUGCCUAUGAGGCCACAUCGCCACGGGUCUGUGACUCCUCCGGAUACUGGACACCUGAAGAGGCUACUGGCCCUCCAGAUGUAUACCAGACCUGCGAGCCCAGCCUACAGGCCUGGAGUCCAGAGCUCAGCCUGUAUGAUGCCAACGUGACGUCUCCCUGCCCUGAAACCGAGGGCUGCGUCCUGAUGCUGCGCUUCCUCCACCUUGUGGUCCCUGACAGCCUCACUGUGUGGGUCACCUACAUCUCAGCCGAUAACCAGGUGAUUACCAACAUCGAGCUAAUAACAGACACAGACGAGUCUCUAGACAUGGGUCCACAGCACGUCUUCUGUGAUGUGCCCCUCACCCUACAUGUGCACACCGAAAAAAGGGUGGCAGCUGUCAAACUGAGCACCUUUGAUGAGAAGAUGGAGAUUGACGCUAUUCUGCUUACUUCUGGCCCCCAUAAUCCUCUCUGCUCCAGUUGCCAGCCUCUGAUCUACCGAGUUGUCCGGCAACCGCCGUUUUCAGGCGAUCUGGUCCAGCAAACUCUGCUUACAUUUACAGACAGUGAUAUUGAAAAGGACAUGGAGUACCAGUACAGAGUUCAGGUGGAAGCAGACGGUCUUCUCAGUGAGCUCUCCCCACCUCUCCUCUACACCCAUGGAGCUGCCUACUGCGGUGACGGACUUCUCCAGGGGUCAGUCAAGGACUGUGACGAUGGCAAUCUGUUGGAUGGUGAUGGCUGCUCUAAGAAGUGCCACAUGGAGUCAGGCUUCAACUGCAAUGGUGAACCCAGCCUGUGCUACGUCUUUGAGGGUGAUGGUGUGUGUGAGGAGUUUGAGAGGGGCUCCAGCAUACAGGACUGUGGUUACUUGACCCCUCAUGGGUACAGUGAUCAGUGGGCCUCCACCGCAGCAGCCUCCCAUCAGGACCAAAGCAGCUGCCCUGCCCUGGCAGCCACCGGAGAGCCCUCGCUUAGCAAGUUGUGCAAGCCCCAGUACCUGGAGGUGAAUGAGAAGCCGUCACAUGACAUAUGGGUUCCAUGCACGGCCCAGUCGUACACUCAGACCUACUACGAUGAGGAAGAUACAGUGGGAUUUACGCAACCUGGAGUCGCCGCGUCUGUCAUCAUCUAUCUGGCCUCGGACGGAGCCUGGCCUGGAGAGCAGUGCAGGAAAACAGUCACCAUCCAACUGUGUGAUACUGGUGGCAGAAAUCACUCCCUGGGUUCCUUUGAGCUGUCGUGCCAGCAGAAUCCUCUAGUGGUGAACGUGACACACAACCUGAGUCAACCCUUCUUCCUGACCACCGCUGUCAUCCUCAACUUCUCCUCGCCCUUCGUUGCCGUGACGGGAGUCGCUCUGCGCACGUCGUGUCACUUCAGCGCAUUUGCCCUCACUGGCUGUUCACGGCGGCCCUGCCAGAUGGACACAUGCAGUCCUCCUCAGUUGGAGCAUGCCUCUGUCACCUGCAGCCCCGAGACAGAGAGGACUGAGACCUCUCACUGCACUGUUCACUGUCAUCCAGGUUUCAUCCUCGCUGUGCUCAGUGGCAAGGGUAAUCCACCCUUUCAGCAAGAAACAGAGCUUCAGUGUCUAAAUGGAGCAUGGGACCGUGUUGUGAGCUGUCAGCUAAUUGACUGUGGGCCCCCUGACCAGUCUCACGUCUACUUCGCUGUCUUCAGUUGCCCCUGGGGAACAACAUUUGGCAAGCAGUGCUCUUUCACCUGCAACCCCCCCGCCAUGCUUCAGGGGGACAGUGAUAGGUUGGUGUGCCUAGAUGAUGGUCUAUGGUCCUUCCCUGAAGCCUACUGUAAGAUAGAGUGCCCAGAGCCUCCUACAGUACCUAACGCCAAGCUCCUAGUACCCCAGUGCAAUGGUACAGGACAUGAUGUGGGUACCGUAUGCCGUUACAAAUGUAACCCAGGUUACUAUGUUACGGCCAGCCUAAACACAAAGUCAAGAAAGAGGUUUCUGAAGGUGGAGUGUGUAGAGGGGGGCCAGUGGGAGGAGGGGGGCUGUGAACCCGUUCCCUGUCCAUCUCUGCUUGCUGUCUUUGAGGGCAUGUACACCUGCACCAAUGGCAGGCACUACAACAGCCUCUGUACCCUCCUGUGUCCCCACGCCUCGGAAAAUCACACAAUUCGCUGCACUAAAGAUGGCAGGUGGACAGAGGAGUUCACCAUGUGUACAAGGUUAGCUGGAUCCUGCUCACCUCCGCCUGAUGUCAAUCAGGUUCAGUUUGCCUGUGACGAGGGUUUCAAUGUUGGUGCAGUUUGCUACCCAACAUGCAGUGCGGCCCUGCAUGACCCAGUGGUUUUAGUCAAUGACACCACAGCAGACAACGUUAAGCACUGGAUGCUGCCAGGCAGGGUUCAGGACAUCGUCUGCACAGGAAUGAUGAGAUGGCAUCCUGACCCCAAACUCCUACAAUGUAUCCAGUCAUGUGAGCCCUUUGGGGGAGAUGGUUGGUGUGACACCAUCAACAACCGGGCCUACUGCGAGUAUGAUGGAGGGGACUGCUGUCCAUCCACACUCUCAACCAGAAAGGUCAUUCCGUUUGGUGCCAACUGUGAUCAGGAUGAAUGCACUUGCCGUGAUCCAAACGCCGAGGAGAACAAGAGUAAAGCCAAAUACUUGGAAGCAGGACUGUUAUGA